AUGUCUGCUUAUUCCGGUCCACCAUCGGUGAAUCCUUAUUGGUACUAUGAUCCUCAUGGUUAUCAACCUAAUGUUAGUGUUUCGUUUAACACAAAUAUAUCUGUUAAUACACCACCACAUCCAUCAUUCGAUAUGUAUCAUAAUAGUAGUAACAACAAUAACAAUACUAGUGGUUUUGCUGAUUCCGGUUAUCUGUCUCGUACCCCUACUCCACCGACACCCAGUCGUAUUCCUUCACCACAACCAUUAUCAAUGAGGCAAGAACUAGAGAAAAAAGAAACAGAUUCAAGAUUGUCAGAAAAGUCAUUCGUUGAUAGUAAACCACGUUUACCUUAUGUCAAACGUACUAGAAUUCAAUAUACAAAUCAACAAUUACAAAUCUUGGAAGAAGCUUUCGACGAUAAUCAUUAUCCAGAAGUAACGACUGUUGAUGCCCUUGCUGAGAUGCUCGAUGUUCGGCAUGAAAAAAUUUCCAUUUGGUUUCAAAAUCGACGUUCACGUUAUAAGAGACAACAAAAACCAAAAUCUUCAUCAUCGUCAAAUGAGGCUAUAAAGAGAAUAACACACUCGAUUCCUGUAUCAUCAGCUGUACCAUCACAAUCCUAUGACUCACCGACAUCGUAUUAUUCACCAUAUUUUUGGCCAUCUCCAAUUGCUGAUAAUCGAACGGCAACGUCGUAUACAGGAAAUCCUCAUGUGCCAACUUUUUACGAUUCUAACGCAAGUCCCAUGUGGAAUACGAAUAAUAAUGCAGCUUAUUUGAGCUCGACACAAUGGCAUCAAUCUUCAUGUUCGAUGAAUUUAUCAUCAUCUCCUUCGUCGCCAUGUACUUCCAUACUGCCUGAACAUCUUCCGUCAAUGUAA